CUGCACUACGGGACCCUCCUGGGCAGCAGAGCUUGUGUCCACAUGGCAGCAGCUGCCUGGGGCAGUGGGUUGCUCAAUGCUGUGCUGCACACAGCCAAUACAUUUUCACUACCACUCUGCCAAGGCAAUGCCUUGGACCAGUUCUUCUGUGAAAUCCCACAGAUCCUCAAGCUCUCCUGCUCAGACUCCUACCUCAGGGAAGUUGGGCUUAUUGUGGUUACUGUUUGUUUCAGUUUUGGGUGUUUUGUUUUCAUUGUGCUGUCCUAUGUGCAGAUCUUGAGGGCUGUGCUGAGGAUCCCUUCCGAGCAGGGAUGGCACAAAGCCUUUUCCACGUGCCUCCCUCACCUGGCCGUGGUCUCCCUGUUUAUCAGCACUGGAGUGUUUGCCAAUCUGAAGCCCCCCUCCAUCUCUUCCCCAUCCCUGGACCUGGUGGUGUCAUUUCUGUACUCGGUGGUGCCUCCACCCAACAGGGCCAAGGUCUUUGUCCUCUUGGCUAUGGCAGUUGCCUCUGCUACUGACGCCUACCAGGAGAAACCCGGAGGCUCUGGACUUUGGUUCUUCCUCGCCCCUUCUGGGGAGGCCGGGAAGUGUUGUGCUGUUUUUCUGCACUUGGCAUUGCUCAUCCUCACAUCCCCCUGCCCCCAGGAAGAGCCCUGA